AUGGCGGCGAGUGUCGUUUCUCGCGGAGGCGCUGGAGGUGCGUCAAAUCAUUAUAUGUUAUAACUGGCGGGGGGGGGGGAGUGGGGGUGCUGCUGGAGGGAGUUCUGAGGAGGGAUUAAAAAAAACCCCUGUUUGGCAAAGCGUUUCAAUGUAAGUUUUUUUCUGCGUCUCCUUUUUCUAGUCAUCAAUUUAUCCAGAUUUUCACAUUUUUAAAGACCUCUUGAAAAUUGGUCAGCAUUUUGGUGCAGAUCUCGCCUAAUGCACGCGCUUUUGCAAAGGGUAUUUCCACAAAUAUUUACAUUUGCCAUAAUUAAUGCAUUCUGUAUAUAAUUCCGCUAAAAUAAUGCAUUUAUAGGUCUUCCCCCCUUUUUAUGGGGGUAGGAAAUCUUUUCCCAAUGGAGGGGCAGAUCUUUCUCCUGCUCUCCUCCCUGCAGCCCAACUUGGGCAGGUGGGGGACCUUCUUUGAUCUCUCCAUAGGGCUUGUGGUCAAGGCAAACCCUUAAGCAUUGGAAAACCUUCUGCAGGGGCUCCCUCUGGAACUUGUAAUAAUUUUUAUCUGGCCUGAUUUUACUAUAAUUUGUUAAAUUUACAUACCUCCCUAUACCCACAGGCCUCAGGACGGUUCACAGGAUAAAAGUACAUAAUCAAAACAGAAACAAAAAGAACCAAUUACCCCCCCCCCCCAACACACACAUUUUAAAUUAUUUGUGUAAGCAGUUUCUGCAAGAGGAGUUCUGGGCAUAAGAGGUUUUUUUAAAAAAAGGAGAAACAAGCAACUUCAAGUCCACAUUAAAAUUCCAAGUGUGGCUGAGGCCUUAUUUAGACAGGCUAAUGCUGCUACUACUACUAGUAAUACUACUACUACUAAUAAUAAUACCCCUGAGCGCCCUCUCCCACUUUGUGGAGCCUGAUUGGCCCCCUGGUAUACUCUAGAGCUUAGGUGAGGAAACAAGCUGGGGGACUGCUUGAAUGAAAGUGGAGGAAAGAUCCAAAUGAAUGCAACCGAACACUGGUAAGGGCUCAUUAUCAAGCCUACCUAGUGGCAGUGAAGGGAGAAAAGAAAGCAUACUUUGCUGCCUCCAUUGCAUCUUCAUUAUGUCGUCCGGCAGAACUUUUCCAAGUUGUACAGAGCCUUUUACAGGCAGGCUCAAAGGAGGAGUAGAACCAGCAGUAGCUCGCUGUGACUUGUUUGCAAAGCAUUUUGAAGAUAAAAUUGCUUGUAUCCACCAAGACCUUGACUCAGCUGUUACAGCAGAUGAGUCUCAUGGGGUGUCCAGAGCACAGUGUAGUCCUGUUGUGUUGGAUGAGUUUUUUCAGUUGGCAAGGCUCGAGGAUAUGGACAUGGUGCUUUGAUCAGUCAGGGUGACCGUUUGCAUUCUAGACCCUUUCCCCUCUUGGCUGAUAAAAUCCAGCAGGGAGGGAACAAUUGGCUGGGCCAGGGAGGUGAUCAGUGCCUCUUUACCAGAGAGGGUUGUCCCUGCCUGUUUGAAGGAGGCAGUGGUAAAACCACUCCUUAGGAAACCUUCCCUGGAUUCAGAAAGCCUAACUACCGGCCAGUUGUUGAUCUCCCUUCCCUGGGCAAGGUUCUGGAGCGAGUGGUCGCAGACCAGAUCCAGGUGCUUUUGGAAGAAACUGAUUUUCUGGAUCCAUUUCAAUCAGGUUUAGGCCUGGUUUUGGCACAGAAACUGCUUUGGUGGCCCUGUAUGAUGACCUCUGUCGAGAGAGAGACAAGGGAAAUGUGUCCCUGUUCAUUGUUCUCCACCUCUCAGCGGCUUUCAAUACCACUGACCAUGGUAUCCUUCUGGAGCGACUCUCUGAACUGGGGGUGGGUGGCAAUGCUUUGCUGUGGUUCCAGUCCUACUUGGAUGGUCGUUCCCAGAGGGUGUUACUUGGGGAAUGCAUUUCAGCCCCAUGGAAGCUUCAGUGUGGGGUUCCGCAAGGCCCAAUCCAAUCCCCCUUGUUGUUUAACAUCUAAAUGAAAUCGCUGGGAAGGGUUAUCCAGAGGUUUGGAGUACGUUGCCAGCAGUAUGCUGAUGACGCUCAGCUCUAUUUCUCCUUUCUAUCUGAAGAUGAGGCAGUGGAAGUGCUGGACCAGUGUCUUGCCUGGGUAAUGGACUGGAUGAGAGCCAACAAAUUGAAGCUCGAUCCAGAUAAGAGUGAGGCUCAGUUAGUGGGUGGUUCCCUAGAGCAGAUGGCUGGGAGGUCGCCUGCUCUUGAUGGGGUUACACUUCCUCUGGAGGAGCAGGUUCGUCGCUUGGGGGUAAUCCUGGAUCCUUUGCUGUUGCAUGAGGCUCAGAUGGCCUGUAGUGCCUUCCAUCAGCUUUGGCUGGUGGCCCAGCUAAGCUUCUAUCUGUACAGGGAUAGCCUAUCUAUCUACCGUUGUCUAUGCUCUGGUAACUUCAAGGUUAGAUAUAGAUAUGCGUUAUACGUAGGGCUGGCUCUGAAGACAAUUUGGAAAAUUCAGCGAGUGCAGAAUUUACUGGCCAGGUUGCUCACUGGAGCAAGGCGGUUUGAGGAUAUUACACCCAUCCUGGUCUGACUGCAGUGGCUGCCAGUUAGUUACGGGGUCCAAUUCAAAGUGCAAAUUUUGACCUAUAAAGCCUUAAAUGGCUCAGGACCGCAAUACUUCUUUCCUUAUGAACCUAAGUUUUGCGUAUGAACACAGUUUGGCGGCACACAGUUAUUCUCUUGUUUCUUUUGCCUGGACUUUUUUGUGGGGGUGAAAGGGUAGGGCUCACAGUAGGGUUAGUUGGGAUGGUGGUUGGGGUUGGGUUUACCUCCAGGCGGGUAUGGUACAAAAGGAGGGAAAAGGAGAAGUGAGAUGGUUGGGAAAGACAUGAUAAAGAAUGUGAAUAUUGUGUGUACAGCUCUUAAUGUUAGAGGUUUGGUUAAUCAGGUGAAGCGAGUGAGAAUUGGGAAGUACAUUUGAUGAUGUUGUUUUUUUGCAAGAAACAUAUAGUGGGGGGUGGGAAGAGGGAGGUUAAUUUCCCUGGCUUUGUAAAAGGGAAAAAAUGUAUGGCUUCUGGAACUUUGAAAAGUAGAGUGGUGGGAAUAGUAAUUAAAUCCAAUGUUGACUUUGUGGAGAAUAAGGUGUUAAGAGAUAAGAAUGGAAGGUUUGUUUUUGUUCAAGGUUGCUUGGAGGGUGAGCCUCUGGCAUUAGCGUCAAUUUAUCCCCCUAAGAAGCACCAGCUGGAUUUUCUCUAUAGGUGCUUACAGAAGCUUGAGAAAUUCUCGCCUUAUACAAAAGUAGUUGGGGGGGGGACUUUAAUGUUAAUCUAAGGGGGAAAUAGUUCCAAAAAGGAAAAGGGUAUGAAGUUAAAAAAAUUACAGUGGUACCUCGCAAGACGAAUGCCUUGCAAGACAAAAAACUCGCUAGACGAAAGGGUUUUUUGUUUUUUGAGCUGCUUCGCAAGACGGUUUUCCCUAUGGGCUUGCUUCGCAAGACGGAAACGUCUUGCAAGUUUGUUUCCUUUUCUUAACACCGUUAAUACAGUUGCGACUUGACUUCGAGGAGCAACACAUAGAACGCGGUGUGGUAGCCUUUUUUGAGGUUUUUAAAGACUUUGGUGAUUUUUGAAGCUUUUCCAAAACUUUCCUGACACCGUGCUUCGCAAGACGAAAAAAUCGCAAGAUGACAAAACUUGCGGAACGAAUUAAUUUCGUCUUGCGAGGCACCACUGUAUGUGGGAGGUUUGGAUUAUUGGAACUAUGGAUGGAGUUGUUCCCCAAGGAUUACUCAUAUUCAUUUUAUUCUAGCCCACAUGGAACAUUCUCAAGACUGUAUUUUAAUAUCACAAGAGGCUAGGAAAUGGGUGAAGGGAAUGGAUAUUGGAAUGAUUAAGAUCACUGACCAUGCCCCCAUAUCUGCUUUCCUUCAAAUAGGUCACAUUAAUAGGUCAUACCCUUGGUUGGUAGCUGAUGAGCAGAGUAAGUUAAAAUAUAAAUUGCGGUAGAAAGGUAUUUUGAGGAGACUCUAGACCCAGAAAUCCCAUUAGCAACAAAAUGGGAAGCAAUAAAGGCAGUCAUUAGGGGAGAAUGUAUUCAGAGUUUGUCAGUGUUAAAAAAGGGGAAAGCUAGAAGGAUUAAGGAGGUAGAAAAAGAAAUUAGGUUAUUGGAGGAGAAAUUUAGGAUGUCUAAGCAAAAGAAGGACAGGGAAAAAAUAGAUCAAAAGAGAAGAGUUGAAAGUUUUAGAUAUGAAUAGAACCACUUUAAAGUUAUGGUAUUGUAAACAAAAAUAUUAUGAAUGUGAAGGGAAAGGAGGGAAAAUAUUAGCAAAUAAAAUUAGGAAUUAUCAGGAAAGGAAAAAUAUUAGAGCUAUUAGAGAUGAUAAAGGGGGAUUGGAAACAGACCCUAAUAAGAUAUUGGAGACCUUUUUAGGAUUUUAUAAUAGAUUGUAUGCAAAUAAAGGAAUUAAGGACGAAGAGGUGGAUCAAUUUUGUGAAGGAUUGGAGCUCCCAGAAUUACAAGAAGAAAGUAGAAGGGAAUUGGAUAAGGAUAUAACAGAGGAGGAAGUUAGAUUAGCAAUCGACUCUAUGAAUGUGCAAUCGGCACCAGGAUUGGAUGGGUACAGUGUGGGGUAUUAUAAGCAUUUUAAGGAUAUAUUGGUGCCACCUGUGACUGUACCGUACCAAGGAAUUUUGAAUGGAGCUUCAACUCCACCUACCUGGUUGGAGCCAAGGUUGGUAUUAAUUCCCCAACCAGGGAAAGAUCAAACUCUGGCGGAUUCUUAUAGGCCAAUAUCGAUUACUAAUAUGUAGUAUAGAAUAUUUGCCAAAGUCAUAGCAAUAAGGCUAAAAAACUGUAUUGUACAAUUGGUGGGGAAAGAGCAAUUUGGGUUUAUGCCUCAGAAGCAUUUGGUGGAGGCAGUUAGGAAGGUGAUGGGUAUGGUGUAUUUAGCGAAAAAUGAGGACCUGCCUCUUACUCUCAUGUCAUUGGAUAUAUAUAAAGCAUUUGAUUCGGUGGAUUGGAAUCAUUUGAAAAAGAUACUGCAAAAAUAUAAAUUUGGAGUGAAAUUUCAAAAUGUGAUAGAAGCAAUAUAUACAGAGUCCAAAGCAAUGGUAGGAAUUGGUGGGUCGCCCAAGUGCUAAGUGGUACAAAGCAAGGAUGUCCACUUUCUCCCAUGUUCAUUAUCUUAGCAUUGGAACCAUUAGCAAUUAAACUCCAAAAGAAUAAUGAGAUUAAAGGAUUUGAAAUCCCGGGGGAAAGGAGAGCAGGGGGGAGUUAAUGACAAUGUAUGCAGAUGAUAUGAUGGUGAUGGUCAAGGACCUAGAGACCCCAAUGGGGCCAUUAAAAAGAAUUUUGCAAGGAUUUUCAAAAGUUUCAGGGUUAAAAGUUAAUUUUUCUAAAUCACCAAUGAUGUGUUUAAAUGUGGAACGUAAAACUCAAUUAGAAGCCUCUGAAUUAUUUGGCCCAGUGGUACCUCAGGUUAAAUACACUUCAGGUUACAUACGCCUCAGGUUACAGACUCCGCUAACCCAGAAAUAGUACCUCAGGUUAAGAACUUUGCUUCAGGAUGAGAACAGAAAUUGUGCUCUGGCAGCGCAGCAGCAGCAGGAGGCCCCAUUAGCUAAAGUGGUGCUUCAGGUUAAGAACAGUUUCAGGUUAAGAACGGAGCUCCGGAACGAAUGAAGUACUUAACCCGAGGUACCACUGUAUUCCUAUAGCAAAUAAAAUAGUAAAGUAUUUAGGAGUAAGGAUAUCUCAAAAUGUGAAGAAAAUAUUUGAAUAUAAUUAUAAAGAAAUUUAGAGCGGUAUUCAGUCGAAGUUGAGAAUAUGGGAGAAAAGGAAGGAAUCAAUUAGUACAAGAAUUGCAUUAGUUAAAUACUUUUGUUACCCAGAUUAACCUAUCUUUUUUAUGUAUUACCCUGGCACAUACCGGAACGGAUUUUGAAGGGGUGGCAAGGGAAAAUCAAUAGGUUUGUUUUUGCAUCCAAGAAACUUAAGGCUGGCCGGCAGAUAGAGGUAUCAUAGAACCCAAGAUGGAGGAUGGGGGGUUCCCAAUUUAGUUUUAUAUUAUGAAGCUUGCCAAUUGAGACAUCUUAUGAUUUGGUUGGAGGGAAAAUAAGAAUAUUCGAUAGGAGGAAAAGGAAAAAGGAAGUAGAAAAAAUAUCAACAUUUACGGGGUCCAUUUGGGUAUGGGAGAAGUGGAGAAGUAAGCUUUUUCCUGACUUUUCUCCUUUUACCCAAAUGUGUAUUAUGAUAAAAUUGGCCCGUUACGGGAGCUCAUCCUGAAAGAGGUAGGGGAUAAAUUAAAGGAGAUCUCAAUUCAGGAUAUGGAGAAAAGUUGGGAAAUUAGAAGGUACGAUGGAAGAGGAAAGUGGAAUUUGGAACAAAAUUAAUUGGUUACAGAAAAAGCAACUUUCCUCCCUGUUGAAGUAAGAAGAAGUUAAAGAAUGUGGUAAAAGAAUUAUUACACCCUUCAAAGAAUUAGUGAAAGAAUAUAGGUUAGAUAGGGCCAAAAUAGUUUCAAAAUUGUAUAACGUGUUAUUAAAUAUGGGGAAAUCACCAGAGGAAAGUUUGAAAGAAUAUUGGAGGUUAGAUAUCCAGGAACAGAUUUUAGAUGAAGAUUGGGAAAGAAUUUUUCAGCAAUCACUCUUUGUUGCUACCUCUAGGAUAAUCCAGGAACAGGGGUUGAAGCUGGUACAAAAAUGGUAUUACACACCAGUAAGGUUGUAUCCUAUCACAAAAUGUGGAAGUAAGAAUUGCUGGAGGAAAUGUGGAGUGAUGGGAAUGUACAGUCAUAUGUGGUGGGAUUCUCCAUUAGUUAAGAAGUUUUGGAAACAGAUUGGUAUAGAAAUAUUGGGAAUUGUGGGUAGAAGUGUGGAAAUAUCUAAAUUAAUGGUUCUUAUUAGCCUGGGUAGCACCGGGUUAAAAACAAAAGAGGAAUGUAAAUGGAUAAAAUUGGUGGUAAUUGCAGCUAGACAGGUUAGAGCGAAUGAUUGGAAAAAUGGAGAAGAGCCAGGGGUGAACAAAUGGAGGGGAAAAUUGAAUAAUAUUAUAUUUUUAGAAUACCUAACUGUGAAGGUACGUAAAAUGAAAGGGUUUAAGGUCAGUGAGAAAGAGGAGGACUGGUUUGAGAAGAUAUUGAAUUAUUUGGGUAGGUUUGAACAAUAUGGGAGGAUUAAAUGUUAAAAUCUUAUGGAGUGUGGAGUUUAAUAUAUAUAGAAUUGUACAUAUGGUUGAUUUGAAUAUGUUUUUAUUGUUUAUGUACACCCAAUGUAUUGGCCACCUGGGGGGUUUCACUGUUUGAGUUUGGUUCCUGGUGAUCUACAUAAUUUUUUUUAAAAAAAACAACCUACCCGAACCCUGAGAUCAUAUUCUGAGGCCCUCCUUCGUGGGCCUCCUCCUCAAGAGAUCCAGAGAGUGGCAACACGAGAACAGGGCCUUCUCUGCAGUGGCUCCCCAUCUGUGGAAUGCAUUUCCCCAGGAAUGUUCUCCUGGCACCUUCAUUAUACACCUUUAAAUGCCAGGCAAAAAGGUUCCUUUUUAAACAGGCUUUUGGUUGAUAUUUUUGACAUCCUAUAUCCUUUUUCAAAUGUGACUUUUUUGGAGGGGGUGUUAUUGGAUUGUUGUUUUUAUUCUGUGAUCUUUUCUGAGAACCACGCUGAGACUUCUGGGUAUAGGGAGGUAUAUAAACUCAACAAAUAAUAAUACUAAUAUUAAUACUUUCAUUAUUUGUACCCCACACAUCUCACUGGGCUGCCCCAGCCACUCUAGCUGGCUUCCAACAAAUAUAAAAGCACAAUAAAGCAUAAAUCAUUAAAAACUUGCCUCUACAUGGCUGCCUUCAGAUGUCUUCUAAAAGUUGUAUAGUUAUUUAUCUGACAUCUCACAAGAGGGCGUUCCACAGGGUGGGCACCACUACCGAUAAGGCCCUCUGCCUCGUUCCCUGUAACUUCCCUUCUCACAGUGAGGGAACUGCCUCAAGGCCCCGGGACCUGGAUCUCUGUGUCCUGACUGAAUGAUUGGGGUGAAGACGCUCCUUUAGCAUUUCAUCAGUUUGCCUUUUUAUUCCAUCAGGAGAUGUUGAAGGGAUGCUGGCAGAAGGGGAACAAUCAGAAAUGUCACCAAAAGGAUCCAAAGAGCAAAGGAAGCUGAGGGUUCAAGAUGGAGGCAGCAGGCGAGAGGGGAGACGAAAGGAGAAGCCGGAGGGUGACCCUUGUAUGUCUCAGGGUGGUGAAAACCAAAUUCCCAGAGAGGAGAAAAAACAUGAAUGUUUGGAGUGUGGAAAGAGCUUCAGUAACAGUAGCAGCCUUACGUUGCAUCAAAGAUUGCACACAGGAGAGAAACCUUAUAAAUGUUUGGAGUGUGGAAAGAGCUUCAGUCACAGUAGUGCCCUUACCGUGCAUCAACGAACUCAUACAGGGGAGAGACCGUAUACAUGUUCAGAGUGUGGAAAAAGCUUCAGUCACAGUAGUGUCCUUACCAUGCAUCAUAGAUCUCAUACAGGGGAGAGACCGUAUACAUGUUCAGAGUGUGGAAUGAGCUUCAGUCAGAGUGGCCACCUUAAGUCGCAUCAAAGAUCUCAUACAGGAGAAAAACCGUAUACAUGUUUAGAGUGUGGAAGGAGCUUCAGUAGGAGUGGCACCCUUAAGUUGCAUCAAAGAACUCAUACAGGGGAGAAACCGCAUACGUGUUUGGAGUGUGGAAUGAGCUUCGCUCGCAGCAGUGCGCUUACUAUACAUCAACAAACUCAUCGAGGCAGCAAACGUUAUAAAUGUUGGGAAUGUGGCAAGAGCUUCAGUCGCAUCGACUACCUUUCCUCGCAUGAAAGAAUUCAUACAGGGGAGAAACAAUAUACAUGUUUGGAGUGUGGAAAGAGCUUCAGUCAGAAUUGCAGCCUUACCUUGCAUCAAAGAUUGCACACAGGAGAGAAACUGUAUAAAUGUUUGGAGUGUGGAAAGAGCUUUUGUCGUGGUAGCCAUCUCAUGUCGCAUCAAAGAACUCAUACAGGAGAGAAACCAUGUAAAUGCUUGGAGUGUGGAAAGAGCUUCAGUGAAAGUAGUUCCCUUACCUUGCAUCUACGAACUCAUACAGGGGAGAAACCGUAUACAUGUUCAGAGUGUGGAAAGAGCUUCAGUCACUGUGGUGCCCUUACCGUGCAUCAAAGAUCUCAUACAGGAGAGAAACCGUAUACAUGCUCAGAGUGUGGAAAGAGCUUCAGUAACAGUAGCCAUCUUAAGUCCCAUCAACGAACUCAUAAAGGGGAGAAACCGUAUACAUGUUCAGAGUGUGGAAGGAGCUUCACUCAAAGUAGCACACUUAAGUCGCAUCAAAGAACUCAUACAGGGGAGAAACAGCAUACGUGUUUGGAGUGUGGAAUGAGCUUUGCUCACAGCUAUGGGCUUACUAGACACCAACAAACUCAUCAAGGCAGCAAACCUUAUAAAUGCUGGGAAUGUGGCAAGAGCUUCAGUCGCAUUGACUACCUUUCCUCGCAUGAAAGAAUUCAUACAGGGGAGAAACAAUAUACAUGUUUGGAGUGUGGAAAGAGCUUCAGCCAGAGUGGCAGCCUUACCUUGCAUCAAAGAUUGCACACAGGAGAGAAACCUUAUAAAUGUUUGGAGUGUGGCAAGAGCUUUUGUCGCGGUAGCCAACUCACGUUGCAUCAAAGAACUCAUACAGGAGAAAAACCGUAUACAUGUUCGGAGUGUGGAAGGAGCUUCAGGUGCAGUAGCUCCCUUACGUUGCAUCAACGAACUCAUACAAGAGAGAAACCUUACACAUGUUCGGAGUGUGGAAGGAGCUUCAGGUGCAGUAGCUCCCUUAAGUCGCAUCAACGAACUCAUACAGGAGAGAAGCCGUAUACGUGUUCGGAGUGUGGAAGGAGCUUCAGUCACAGUAGCUCCCUUAAGUCACAUGAAAGAACUCAUACAGGAGAGAAACCGUAUACGUGUUCGGAGUGUGGAAAAAGCUUCAGUCGUAGUAAUAUCCUUACUAGCCACCAAAGAACUCAUACAGGGAGGAAAUCUUAG